CCCCAGCUCUGUCCUGGGACCGCCCCGUCCCUCCCUCCUGCUGGCUGGUUGCUGAGUGACCGCGGCGUCCCUGCUGAAGGAGAAAGGUCUUGCGUGUAGCAGGGCCUCUCACAGCCAUGCUGCCCUCAGGGCACCCAGCGGCCGGGGAAGGGGAUCUGGGGGGGUUUGGAGGAGGGUUGGUCCCUCAGCCCUACGACAGCUUCAUGCACAGCCACCUGCGCUUCUAUGGCUACUUCCAAGGUGAGCCCUGGGUGGAGGGACGCGUCCCCUCAUCCCCCCGGCCGGUUGGGCUGCAGCGGUGCUCUCCCCAAGGCCGGAAGAUGGGCGGGCAGAAGAGCCCUGUGUCCCCAGGGGGUCCCUCUGAGCAGCGCCCCACCGAGGUGCCCGGCACAGGCAGUGCCGACCGCGGCUCCCUGAGGGGUCCUGGGCAGGAGCUGAGCUCCCUUUUGGCGCUGGAGCCAGCGCCCAGCCGGGGCACAGUGCUCCCCUCAGCACGGCAGCGCCGCGGGUCCCUGGGGGAGCCACGGGCUCUAUUCGCCCUUCCCUCGGCGCGGGGACCCCUGCCUGCUCCCCGCUGGCCUGUCGAGUGUGAAGUCAUCAAGGAGGCGAUCGAGCAUGUUGAGUGGGUUCCCCCUGAACCAGAGCCAUUCUGCCAGCCCACAGGCCACGAGCAGGCCCCAGCCGCCCUUGGUGAGGAGCAGGGCACCAUCGUCUACCAUCUCAGCCCAGCGCCCCAAGGCUCCUGCUUCACCCGUGCCCGGGUUGGGGGAGCCUCGGGCCCCCUCUCCUCACCGGCAGCCCCCUUGGAGGGUCCGCAGGACACCACGCUGCUCUUCGAAUCCCGCUUCGAGAGCGGCAACCUCCAGAAAGCCAUAAAGGUGGGCCCCUACGAGUACGUGCUGACACUGCGGCCGGACCUGUACACCGCCAAACACACCCAGUGGUUCUACUUCCGCGUCCAAAACACCCGGCGAGACCCGCUCUACUGCUUUACCAUCGCCAACCUUGCCAAGCCCAAGAGCCUCUACGGUGAGGGCAUGCGGCCACUGCUCUACUCCCAGCGGGACGCCCAGAGCCACGGCGUCGGCUGGCGCCGGGUUGGGGCCAACGUCCGCUACUACCGGGGCAGCAGUGGGGAGGAGCCGGCUACUUUCCGCCUCUCCUGGACAUCACGCUUCCCCCAUGACGGCGACACCUGCUUCUUCGCCCAUUCCUACCCCUACACCUACUCCGAUCUGCAACGCUACCUGCAGGCGCUGGUGGGCGACCCGGCGCGCUCGCAGUACUGCGCGGUGCGGGCGCUGUGCCGAAGCCUGGCCGGCAACACCAUCUACCUGCUGACCGUCACCAGCCCCACUGGCACGGUGGCCAAGCGGGCGGUGGUGCUGAGUGCCCGCGCACACCCCGGGGAGAGCAGCAGCUCCUGGGCCAUGCAGGGUUUCCUCGAUUUCCUCCUCAGCGCCCACGCUGACGCCCAGCUCCUGCGCCAGCUCUUCAUCUUUAAGGUGGUGCCCAUGCUCAACCCUGACGGGGUGGUGGUGGGCAACUCCCGCUGCUCCCUGACAGGCCGGGACCCCAACAGGGCUUAUGGGACAGCGCUCCGCGACUCCUUCCCUGGCGUGUGGCACCUGCGGGCCAUGGUCGAGAGGGUGCUGGCGGAGCGGGAGGUGGUGCUGUACUGCGACUUCCACGGGCACAGCCGGAAGAACAAUGUCUUCAUGUACGGCUGUGACAGCGGUGGUGCCGGCGCCAGGAUGCGGCUGCGCCAGCGCAUUUUCCCCCUGAUGCUGAGCAAAAACGCCCCUGACAAGUUCUCCUUUCCCAGCUGCAAGUUCAAGGUGCAGAAGAGCAAAGCGGGAACAGGCAGGGUUGUCAUGUGGCGCAUGGGUGUCUCCAACAGCUACACCAUGGAGGUGGCCUUUGGUGGCUCCACGCUGGGCGGGAGGAGCUCGCACUUCACCGUGGAGGACCUCAAGUCGCUGGGCUACCAUCUCUGCGACACCCUGCUUGACUUCUGUGACCCCCAUCCCGCCAAGUUCCAGCAAUGCCUGUCAGAGGUGGACACACUGCUGCGACAGCGGCUGGGCCAGGAACCAGGCUCCGGUAGCAGCUGGAGCGAUGUCUCCCCUUCAGAGCUCGAGUCCAGCACCAGUGGCUCCAACAGCUCCGUGUCCGAUGGGCCCCUGGCUCGCCUCUGCAGCCCGCCGGUGCAACAGAGGAGGAAGCGACUGCGGAGCCGGAGGGCGAGGAAUGCUCUGCAUUGGACAAGUGCUGUCUCCCAGAGCCGUGCCAGCAUCCCAGCCAGGCUGGGACCCUCUAGGACCUGCAGGCCACCAGCUCUCCACAGCACCCAGAGAGGAGGCAGCACAGCGGGAGAGGAGCCCAGAGCCAGCUCUGGUGUCACCUUUUCCAGCGCAGCCGCAGUGGGGCACGGCCGCCGUGCCACCACAGUGGGUUCUCAGCUGGAUGGUGGCACGAGCACAGCGUUGCACCAUCAGCCGCCACUGAGCACCCACCAGCCCAGUGACAUCACUGGUGACUCCUCACGGGAUACAGCCCCGGGGGCUGGAGUGGGGCCAUCCCACCAGCAGGGCAGGCAGGCGGCUGCUGCCCGCAGGUGCAGGGCACAUCCCCGCCUCACCGCCACUGGCAGGUCCUCACCACGCGCUGCUCCGCGUUGCUGUGCCUGCGCUCGGGAUUAA